UUGGUCGGUUGGUGCUACCCGAGUAGGGCCUUCACGUCUGCUAUCUUAAGGCGCCUUUUUUUAUUCACUAGGAUAUACUGGCAUUGUGUUUAUUUUUUAGUGUUUGGUUUUUUAAUUUCUUUCGGAAUUGGGAAAAAAGGGUUGUGAAAAUAGUUUUGGUAGUCUUAACUACCCAUUUUUAAGGAUUAGAAAAAAAUCGUGAAAAUAGUGUUUAAAAGUGUUUGACUAAGAAACAUACCCUUUCAAGUUUUAACUGUUUGGGAAAUAAAAUUGUGAAAGUAGUUUUUGAAGUUUUGGAUAAAGAAGCCUUAAACAUUUUGAAAAAAAAAAUUAAGGAAAAAAAUUGUGAAAUUAGUUAUUAUAAGGAGUGUUUGAUUAAGUAAAUAGUGCACAUUUUAAGCGGGUGAAAAUUAAAAGAAAACAAGCUUGUGGUUUGAUGUUCAUUUCACUUUUUUUUUCAAUCUGAAAAUAAUUUGAGUUGUGUUCCGGUGAUAAAAAAUUCAGUGAUAAUUUUUCGGUAACUGGAUGUAAUACGCUAGACGUGAUUGUGAGUGGUUUAAAAUACCGUAGUUUAAAAAAAAAAACGUUUUUUUUUUGUGAUGAGCGCUGUUCAGUUGUGUGUCAGGUGGUUGUGUAUUAGGUGAGAUGGGGCUCAGGACACACCUGCCGCCCGACACACCUGUGUCCUGACACACCUGUAAGAGGAUUAAAUGACGCAGGUCAGUCCCCGUAUAGACAUGGCCAGCGGUCGGUGGAACGCGACCACUGGCGGGGUGCCACCCACCCGUCUGACGCCCGACUCCCCCCUGCAGAGGGAGGGCUCCAUCAGCGUGGUCAGCGGCAGUGAGUACAUCCGGGCCAUCAACGCACGCGGGAUACAGCAGCGUGUCAGGAUACGGCUGAGGCACCGGGGUAUGCCACCCUCGGCCAUACUGGGCAUCGGUGCCAAGUUCCACCACAGACGUGGACUUGCCCGCACCCCUCUAGAUGACGCCCCCCACCCCCUGGAGCACCUGCAUGACACCGACUUCAUCAACAGGUCGUACGACCAGAACCUGCACACGGCACUCAUCAGCAACUAUGACCUAACAUGCAGCAGUGGGGUGUCGACCCCCACCGUCAUAGAGACCCAGAGCCCCCUCUCCUACGGAGGCUGGACAACAGGAUACACCACAGAGAGGAGCAGCCUGGACUCUUCCUACUUCCUAGAUGAUUUUGACAAGCAUGCCGCCAGCACUGUGUCAGAACAUUUUGACAAGUUUGAGUCCAUGUUGUUUGAGGGACCAAAGGAGAGUGGGGGGAGGCAGGCGGAGGUGGAUGAGUGCAAGCAGUGGAGUGAUCAGUUUCCACAUCUCAGGGUCCUAGGUAAACAAGCAUACACCCCCAAAGAUUUAGGUUACUGCCAUUUCCCAUCUCAUCAAGACCCAUCAGGUCAGCCCACAGACACACCAGACAGCUCACUCUCAUCAGACUCUCAGGGACUUAUGUUGACUGGCCGGAGUGUGGUAGCCAAAAAUGUCCAAGAACGAGACUCCUCUGAUUACGGUCACCUCCUGGAGGAAGUUCUAGCAGAAGACGGCAACUACGAGGACGUCAUUGCUGUCGACUACUCUAAUGUUUAUGAAGAUAGCCAGGAGUAUAAAAAGCAGAUAACUCCGCGCAAACGGAGAGUGGGUUAUCCGCCCAUUACACCUAAUGCCUGUGUCAAGGACAGUGUAACCAGCAGUGCCUUUGACCAGCUUUGGCAAGAUGUUAUGACGUGGCUACAGCCCUUGUUGAUAAAGUACAGCGAAGAAGUUUCAGAUUCCAAGCCAGAGGUUCUCACAUUUUCUCCUGUUGAUCACAACCCUCCAGCCCCAGACCGCCAGAGUUCCUUCAUCUCACACAGACAAAAUUCAUUUCACCGUUCUAACACACAGCUGGGCAGCAGCACUGAGAGAUCCAUUGAUGGAAUCCUUCAGAUCUCCAGCAUUCCUCUCAUGCACAGAUUUCCAGGUGACACUGUAGAGCCUCACCUGACAGCCCCCCUAGUGAGCAGCCCCCCCACCCGCCCCAUGAGUCAUGUCAGACAAAGCACCAACUUAAAGAAAGGACGCCUGUUGCCCCUUCCCAAAUCUUCAAUGCCUGAGGAAACAAGUCCCACACCAGCUACCAGUGCCUUGAGGGUGAAACGAAUAAAUUUACCUAAUGAGGGGGCGCCCUCCCCACCUGUCAGACAUGGCACCCUCCCCCCACUGGACAUGGAACGUACGCAGAAAAAACUUUUCUCAGGGCACAGAGCUAGCAGCGCCAUAGACAACAAAGAUGUCCGCCUGCUGCCAUUUAGGGAGCGACCCCACAUCUUAACUGAGCAGGCCAGACCCAACACCACACACGCCAUGCGGCUGGAUUCCCCCUUUGGUGGUCCUUCACUGCGCAGGUCUUCAACUCCACUCGGCAACUCAAUUAUAUCUCGCAAUAAUUUAAUGGCCAACAAGUCCCUGGACGUGAGGGGCAGCAGCCUGCAGCACAGUGGGGACGUGUUGCACUACCCAGACAUCCAGGAGGACCAGCAGGAGAACCCAGAGGACGAGGUCUACAAGACAGUCUACAAUGUUCCACAGACAACCAACCAAAUCAGCUUCAGUCGAAAUCGUUUGUCUUUGAGAUGAAAUCUAGCGCCAGUGUAAGCAAGAGAACUGUUCAAGACUCACCACUCAGGAAUUGGUCAACAGCGCCACUGUGUCAAAUAAACCUUCAGGAUCAGAUGUGGCUUCUGUGGAGAAUUUAUAGCUGUUAUAUGGUCUUUAUCUGGCCAGUAGCUGACCAUUAUCUGGCCCGAAGGUGACCAUUAUCUGGCCAGUAGCUGACCAUUAUCUGGCCAUGAACUGACCAUAAACUGGCCAUUGCCUGACCUUUUUGGCCAUUACCUGAACAUUAUCUGGCCAUUACCUGAAUAUUAUCUGGCCAUCAUGUGGCCAGCCGCUGACCAUUAUCUGGCCAAUUCCUGAUCAUCAUCUGGCCUAACAUGACAAGUAGCUGGUCAGUUUGACGACAGUGUCAACCUUGUAGCCAGUCAUGCAGUAAUAUUUCUGGUGCACUCUAGAGCACAACUGUACCCAAAGAUCAGAACUGUCUUAGAUCUGGUGUGUUACUGUGUCUGUUACUGUAGUCGGUGCAGCUUCGGUUUCAUGUACAUUGAAGAAAAAAUUGAAACCAAAAUCUAUCUAAAAUUCAUGGAGAAAAAGUGUUUGAACUGAUGUUUUAAAAGUGGGCAUAAUUCAUGGAUGUGAAAUUUUUAACAAUUGAAAAAAAAAUGGAAAAAAAAUGUUUGAAUUUUCAAAUCUCCUGCACUGUUGAAUUCAGGGAUUACGUAUUUCUGAUGCUGUGUUAGUUUGUAUUUUGGCUAGAGGAGGCAAACUCCCUUAGAGUUUAUUUUUGUAUCAUUGAACAAACAUUUAUUAUGCAUGAUUGGAUCUACAUAUCUGUCUCAUUAUUUCCUGUUUGUUGUAACUGUUGUGAUCCAGUUCCAGCAGUAAAAAAAAAUCUUGAAGUAGAAUUAUUAUUUCUUUUACAUGAAAGCUCUAAUAUGGUUUAUUUGUGUUUUAUUUAUAAUUAUGGUCUGGUUAACAUAUUUCAUUGGUUGGGGGAUGGGGUGGAAUAUUUUUUAAAAAUUACUAAUUAGUGGGGGGAUGGGGAUGAAAUGACAAUUUUAAAGAAUUACUAAUUACUUUUGAAUUAUUUUGGGUAGAGGACAUUGUUUAAGGGUAAAAAAAUAAGUCACCAUGGCAAUGUAAUCAGGUGAUACAACAGGCCAGAAUUGGUCUUGUUGAAACUGCAGUCAUAUGUAGAUUAUUUUGUUUAAAUUGGGGGUAGGGGUGGGUGGGGCUGGGCUUGAACAUGUACUAGGGGAGGGGAGGGAUAUACAAGCACAGUACUACCUCACAGUGAAUCACUUUUUGCAUCACACUUGCAGCAAAAUUGUCUCAUCAUACCAGCCUGGCCGUAGCCUCAGUUGUUUUUACAGGAUUUGACCAGACUCAAGUCUUUGUUUUCAUUGACUGAACACAGCUUUAAUGUUUUCAUUGACUGAACACACCCUUAAUGUUUUCAUUGACUGAACACACCCUUAAUGUUUUCAUUGACUGAACACACCCUUAAUGUUUUCAUUGACUGAACACACCCUUAAUGUUUUCAUUGGCUGAACACACCCUUAGUGUUUUCAUUGGCUGAACACACCCUUAAUGUGUUUUCAUUGACUGAACACAACCUUAAUGUGUUUUCAUUGACUGAACACAACCUUAAUGUGUUUUCAUUAAUUGACUGAACAUAACCUUAAUGUGUUUUCACUGAACAUAACCUUAAUGUGUUUUCAUUGACUGAACACAGCUUUAAUGUGUUUUCAUUGACUGAACACAACCUUAAUGUGUUUUCAUUAUUUGACCGGACUUAACACAGCCUCAAUGUGUUUUCAUUAUUUGACUGAACACAGCUUCAGUGUGUUUUCAUUAUUUGACUCAACACAACCUUAAUGUGUUUUCAUUUAUUGACUGGACUGAACACAGCUUUAAUGUGUUUUCAUUAUUUGACUGAACACACCCUUAAUGUGUUUUCAUUAUUUGACUUGACUGAACACAGCUUUAAUGUGUUUUCAUUAUUUGACUGAACACACCCUUAAUGUGUUUUCAUUAUUUGUCUUGACUGAACACAGCUUUAAUGUGUUUUCAUUAUUUGACUGAACACAACCUUAAUGUGUUUUCAUUAUUUGACUUGACUGAACACAGCCUCCAUGUGUUUUCAUUUAUUGACUCAACACAUCCUCAUCAAAGUGUUUCACUGUAAAUGACCUUCCCACCUGAAUCACAACCAUCCGAGUUAAUUUGCUAUGCAAAUUCUGUUAUUUUUGUCUGUUACCUUUGUCGGUUAUUUUUGUCAGACUCCAAAGCUUUAUGUUGUGACAAUCACGUCAGACAUCGUGUCCUUCACCACUGUCUGCUGUUACUAAUCUAUUGAUAUGUUACAGGCAGUUUUUAUACAUGUCAUUAUAUAAUGUCUCUCAAUCUGAUUCUCUUGUUACCAAAUAUUUCAACUGAUUAAUUUUUAAAUAAUUUCUCAUCACCAAAGUUUUUAGUACAGAAAUUCUUUUCAAAUUUUAGUUCACCCUUAUAAUAAUAUAUAUAACAAAUACAUUUAAAAAAUUAAGACUAAAUAAUAUCUGUUAAAACAUGUUUAAAAUUUUUUAGUGUAUUAAUGAAUUAACUUUAAUUAAUUUUGUUACAGGCAUUAAUUAAAUUGUUUAUGAUUCUGAAUAUAAGAAAAGAAACUAAAACCCAUAUAACAGUACUUGUUAUCAGGCUCUUACUGUCCACAAAAAUGCUUUAGUUAUUUUCUUUGGUAGAAGAGCUAGUAUAGUAUUUGAGUAAAUGAAAAAACUGGAUUAGAAAAGGAAAGGAUUAAAUUCAAUGAAAGUCUUGAUACCAGGCUUUCUUUAUAUCUCUGUUAUUUUCCUAAGUUUUUUUUUUUUUUGUGACUAUUUCCAAUCCAGGAAUAAAAUCAAUCUGUGUUUGCACUUGAUGAAACUAUAACAAAAUAUUUUUUUCAAAAUAUAGCUGCAAUAGAAAAGCAUUUCCAAAAAAGCACUUUUUAUUCUCAUUAAUUCUUUGUGUGUAGUAGUGUAAACAUUAAUUUCAAAGGAAAAACUGGAAAUGAUAUACAAUUAUACUUGUUUAAUAAAUUAUGUUAAUUUUUUAAAAUCUGUUAGGGUAAUAUAAAAUUUAAUUAUAAAAUGUCUUUCUUUUAGUAGUGCUUUUUAAGCUACUUUGGCUAGCCUUUGACUUAACUUUCCUGCAGCAACUAGCUGUUUAAAUGAGGGGUUAAUGUGAUGUGUAAGAGUUUAGAUUAACCUAAUCUUUUCAUUUUAAAUAAAUAGUUGUUUACAUUAUCCCAUGUCACAAAAUGUGCUUUGUUUCAUCUAGUGAUAUUUAUAGAGCAGUUUACAAAUUGGGGUCAGGCUAAUAAUAGCUACUAGUAUGUCUGUAGAAGUGGUUUGAGAAUUAUUAUGUUAUAUUGGAGUUGUACUGUUAACAAAUGCAAGAGCUUUUUGAGAACCACUGUGUGUAUUUGGAUGAACUGAUGUGAUUUUGAGUGUGAUUGUUUAACCACUACUAGUGUUAUGAUUUAUUUGAGACCCAUUGUGUAUGUAUAAAAAUAUUUUGAGAAAAAUUGGUUUAUAUGUGAGAAUGAGAUCAGCCACUGUUGAUUUGAUAGUGAGAGUGACUGAUGUGAGAACCACUAGGUAUGAAAGAAUUAAAUUGGCCGCUAUGUAACAAUUGAUGAGAGUUGUGUGAGAACCAAUUUGUAACAAAGGCUGACCAAACCAAAUUUUGAACAUGUUUUUUAAAAUGCAAAUAUUUAUUUACACAUCAGUAAGUCACAUGACCUGUUUCAACCAAUUAUUGUAUACAGUUAUUUUUUUGUCUUGAUAAUAAAUGGCU